AGCCGGUCGAGCUGCGUGAGCCCUGCGUUUCUGCAAGUAUUUCUCGUGUAACAUGAAAUAAAAGAAGUGGACGGAAAUGUGUGCGCACAUACUCCACAGAUCACUCAUGAGUUUCACAGAAAACUGUGGCGUUUUCUACGCUCUGCGGGACUAAUGGGUUAAGGAAGGCCAGUCGCGACUCUUCGGUAGGUUUGACGGUCUCUACGGCCCUCCACUGAAUGUGUCACACAGGCGUCAGCUGAGGUGCAGAGGGGAAGAGAGCUCCUACAGACGAGGAGAUCGACCAGAAAGAAAUGAAUCACACAACUCCACAUGUUUCUCCCACAAGCAGUAGACCAGGAUUUCCUGGCUACUAUGCACUCAUCCCAUUUGUUUUACUAAUUCUGAGUGGAUGCAUAGUUGCACUGGUGCUUUACAUCAGAUGGAAAUCAAGAUUAGAUGAUCUUCGCCACAGGCUGAUUCCUCUGUACAACUACGACCCCACAGAGGAACGGGAAGACUGGGGCGAUGAUGACAGGGGGGAGGAGGAGGAGCUGGCUGCACCUUUGUACAAGGAGGUGAAGCUCUCCCUAACGCCUGGCUACGGAACAUGAGCCAAACAUCAAGAAUGGAGCGUCAAGAGAACUUCACCUUUACUGUACAUGCUGUGUAACAGAAAGUGACACUGAAUGAAUGAGGGAUGAAUCAUUUCUCAGAAAUCUCUUCCUCAUGUUCUCCACAGCGGACACCAGAUGGCACUGCAGGCCUGUUUGUUCUUGUCUUUUUUUUCCGUCUCAGUUGAGAUUCUUUUUAAACAUUGUACAAAAGUGUUUUGAACGAUAAAGUGAUGUGGAUAAUAAACUGGGAGCCAAAACCAAUUUCAAAAGCGGUUUGUUGUGUGGGUGUAUUUCUCCAACUACGUGUGCAGCAGCUUUAAAGACACACCUGUUUCUGCUCGGCAAUCAGAUGGUUCUCUGGUGAUUGAGGGUUCCCGUGUGUUGACUUAUCCGUUUUUCAUACGGGAAGAUGGGUUCACAGAGACAGAACAGGUGAACAGCACGGCUACACGAACAAGUGAAGAUGAUUCUGGAUUAUGGUUUCCUUCCAUAUUUAACUGUGUGUGUGUGUGGGUUUACGUCAGUGUGUCGGGCCCACGCCGGUUCCUGACCUCCGCCCCGUUGGUCAUGGCUCUGCUCUUCCCAGCCGUCACUCUGGACAGCCUGCUGUGCUACCACUGUCCUCUGCAGCGCAAAGGCCAGCCCUGCCCGAACGUCACCAGCCAGUGUCUACCUCACCAGCGCUGCUCCAGUUCCAGGGGCCGCUACGGCUCGGUCCACGUCCUGUCUGCUCGGGGCUGCGUGGACAGCGACCUCUGCGGCUCCCACCAGAUCCUCUCAUACCGCGGAACCGAAUACAACGUCAGCCACGGAUGCUGCUGCGAAGACAAAUGCAACGGGGCGCCGAAGCUCGACGGCAACCUCAAGAUGCUGCUGGGGGUAGUCUCAGAAAAAACAGACAGCGUGAACAACGUUCUUAGGGAGGAGACUCGGGAUUCGUGCGCGAAUUACACAUCAUCAACGACAGCUGCUUCACCUGCCACUAGAGCUUAGGAGAACGUGUUGAAGACAAGGGAGAGGCCUGAUGGACAUGGGUGCUUAACUGAGUCUCCGAAAGGUUUAGGCAAAUAUUUGAAGCCUUGUGACCACUGCUGUUUUGUUGUUUUUUUGCAAAAUGUACAAAUGAGAAAAUGCCUCCCUGCAUUUUGUGUGCACUCCAGAGAGAAGAAGGUGGACUUGUCAGCCAUCCUCCUGGACUUCUAGAGUUACUACCGACAUUGUUUCUGUUCUGACAAACGCAGCAAAAUAAAGAGCGCCGCGAUAAAACUCCCA